AUGGGUAUUGAAUCUUCUGCCCAUCAUGGCGAGUCGGUCGCCCCGAUGCCGCAGACACAGCAGUCGAGCGCCGAGACAUCGUUCCAAAAUUCUCCCACUCAGAAGCCGAUGCAGCCCGCGAGCGUGGACACACCCGUCCCGCGUGUGACCGUGCGGUCGUUGGUCAUGGCCCUCUUCGUCUCCAUGGGUGGCUUGUUGUUUGGCUAUGAUACCGGCCAGAUUUCCGGAUUCCAGGAGAUGCACAACUAUCUGAGACGCUACGGUCAACUAGGCAAAGAUGGAUGGAUGCUGACGGACACCCGAGCUGGUCUCAUUGUCGGCUUGCUAUCCAUCGGAACCCUGAUCGGUGCCCUGGUUGGAGCCCCUCUGGCCGAUUUCCUGGGCCGCAAGUGGUCCAUCACAGUGUGGUGUGCCAUUCUCAUCGUCGGUCUGGUUGUCCAGAUCUCCACCCCGUCGGGUCACUGGUGGCAGAUGGUGGUUGGUCGUUGGGUGACAGGUCUCGGUGUCGGCGGUUGCUCGCUCCUCGUGCCCAUGUACCAAGGAGAAAGUGCGCCCCGCCAUAUCCGUGGCGCGAUGAUCAGUUGCUACCAGCUGUUCGUCACCCUGGGGAUCUUCCUGGCCUACUGCAUCAACCUGGGUACCUAUGAUCUUGACGGUACCGCCCAGUGGCGUAUCACUCUCGGUAUUACUUUCCUCUUCGCCAUUGUCCUGGGUGGUGGCAUGGUUUUCUUCCCAGAGAGUCCGCGCUUCGAGUUUCGCCACGGUAAGGCUGAGAGCGCUCAGCGCACCCUGGCGCGUCUGUACGGCGUGCCGGAGAAUCACAUUCGGAUCCUGGAGGAGAUGGAUGAGAUUCGCGAGCAGCUGGCUGCAGAGUCCCAGGAACAGAAGUGGCAUGAGUUCAUCACCGCCCCGCGCAUGUUUUACCGUAUCGUGCUGGGCAUGGCAUUGCAGUCUCUGCAGCAGCUCACCGGUGCCAACUACUUCUUCUAUUAUGGAACGACAAUUUUCCAAGGAGCCGGCCUCUCCAACAGUUUCGUCACGCAGGUCAUCCUUGGUGCAGUGAACUUCGGUACCACUUUUGGUGGUCUUUAUGUGGUUGAGAACUUUGGACGUCGCAAGUCACUGAUCUUUGGCGGUAUCUGGAUGUUCGUGUGCUUUAUGAUUUUCGCGUCGCUUGGUCACUUUAUGCUGGAUCUGAAUCACCCAGAGAACACCCCUGGGGUGGGCAAGGGCAUGAUUGUCAUCGCGUGCCUCUUUAUCGCCGCUUACGCGAUGACCUGGGGCCCGAUGAUCUGGGCCAUUGUUGCAGAGCUAUUCCCGUCCAAGUACCGCGCGAAGGGUAUGGCUUUGGCAACUGCAUCCAACUGGGCGUGGAACUUCUUGAUCAGUUUCUUCACUACAUUCAUUACCAGCGCCAUUGAUUUUGCUUACGGCUAUGUUUUUGCCGGAUGUCUGUUUGUUGCUACUCUGGUCGUGUACUUCUUUGUCAUCGAAGGCAAGGGACGCACCCUGGAAGAACUGGACUGGAUGUAUGUCAACAAGGUGGCUCCGUGGAAGAGCAGCGAGUUUGAGAUUCCUCGUCGUCAUGAGUGGCUCGCGGAAGAAUCCGACAUGUACGCACGAAAGGAACAAGAGAUGUUCCACGCGGAGAAUGCCUAG